AUGGAUUGGUAUAAUAACAGUUCUAAAAGAAGUUCAAUAACAACUGGUCAACCAACUUACCCAUCACCCGCAUUUCAUGGAACAAUCAUGACCAAUAAUAACCUCAGUGCUUCUGCUUCAUUAUCAAAUAAUCCUAAUACAAAUACAUAUCAAUCUUCAUUAUAUGGAUCACAAAAAGUUAAUAUUUAUCAACAACUGGCUCAACAACAACCUCAUCAACAACAUAUACAACAACAGCAACUGCUUGUUAAUCAACAAACUCCUUCCCUUGGAUUAUCUGGACAAUCAACAAUUCCUGGUAGAAAUUUAAGUCCUAUAUCUCAUUCUGCUUCCCCUGUAGUUUCUGUACCAACAACUCCAUUGGAACGUAAUUCAUAUUAUUUUAGUCAGUUCCCUCUUUAUGCUAGUGAUUGGGUUUAUUUGAAUAAUAGUCAGUUGGAUUGUAUUGCUUUGGGUUCUUAUAAAGAAGGGUUUACGAAUAAAUUGGAAAUUGUUCACGGGAAUAAAUUUGAAAAUGAAUAUAAUAUUGAUAAUCUUGCCAGUCCUGGAGGUAGUACCACUUUAAUGUAUAAUAACAACAGUAAUAGUAAUAAUAAUAAUAAUAAUAAUAAUAAUAAUAAUGCUGGUGGAUAUUAUGAAGAUGAUGAUUUAAGUUCUGGUGAAGGUUAUUAUUUUCAAAAAGUUUGUGAUGUUAAUCUAGACUAUCCAGUUACUCAUUUACAAUGGGAUCCUCUGAUGUUACAAUAUGGAUCAUCAACAAGUGAAAGACUAGCAGCUUCAAGUGAAGUAUUAAGAUUAUAUAAAGUUGUUGAUAAUGGAGGUGAUUCAUUCACUCUACAACAAACUCAUACUUUAGCUAAUAAUACUGCUGCAUCAACAACUUCAUCAAAUAGUACCACCUCUUCCAGUUCAGGUAAUAGCAAAAAUGUUGAUGAUAUCAAUACUUAUCCACCAGUUACAUCAUUUGAUUGGAAUAAAACUGAUCCAAAUAUUUUGAUCACUUCAAGUGUUGAUACCACAUGUACUGUUUGGGAUUUACAUCGUUCUCAUCCAAGAACAACUGGAAAUACUAUCACUGCCACUUCUAGUGGUGGUACUAAUAAUGGUGGUUCUAAUGAUGAUAUGACAGAUACUGCAACUGUCAAGACUCAAUUAAUUGCACAUGAUUCUGAAGUUUUUGAUGUUAAAUUCAUGCAUAAAUCAACUAAUGUAUUUGCAUCCGUUGGUAAUGAUGGAUCAAUGAGAGUAUUUGAUUUAAGAUCAUUAGAACAUUCAACAAUUAUUUAUGAACCACCUCCAAUUCCAAUUUCUUCUUCAAAUUCAUCAACUCUUGGAAAUCCAAAUUCUUCUACAUUUAAUUCAAAAGCUUUAUUAACAUUAUCUACUUCAAAUAUUGAUCAACAUCAUUUAGCUACUGUUGGUAUUAAUUCAAAUCAAGUUAUAAUUAUUGAUAUGAGAAUGCCUGGUUUACCAGUAGUAACAAUUGAUGGUUCAUUAGGUGGUAUAAAUCAUUCUCUGAUUAAUCUGAUUAAAUGGCAUCCUACUUCGAAUUAUUUAUUAACUGGUGGUGAUGAUUGUCAAGCUUUAGUAUGGGAUAUUAAUAAUUUACCAAAUAGUAAUAGUGUUGUCAAUACCACUGAUACUACUACUACUACUACUACUACUACUACUACUGGCUCAGGUGGUGGAACUACAACUAGUAAUGGUAAUACGAAUGGUAGUAAUAAUGGUCAUUCAGGCAUGAUUAUUGAUACUCCUGUUUUGGCUUAUACGGAAGAUUUAGAAAUUAAUAAUGUUUGUUGGAGACAAAAUCAAGGUGAUUGGAUGGGUGUAGUUAGUGGUAAAGGAUUUCAAGCUGUACUGAUAUAA